UGUUCAUUAGUUGAUCACGUUUACCUUCCAGUGUAUCAUUGUUCGCAAAAAGCUACCUUUCACGUUUGUUUAUUCCAUGAAUAAAACUUUAAUAAUGUAGUUUUUUCAAUUUUGUAUCAUACUAUGGCAGUUGUUACCGCAUGGAAGUGUGUGUUUUAUUUAUUUUUUGCAUUUUUUUCGCUAAAUACAGUUCGAAAAACUAGUUCCCAAAGACUAUGUAAUCAUGUGCAUCCAAAACAUCACGAGGUGGUGCAUGGAGUUCACAUUGAACCGGCUCACGUAAUGAAAAAGCGUAGUAUAGAUCAACCCCUAAGAAUUCUACUUUGGUACGACGAAAGUGUAUAUAGAUUAGAUGAGGAGCGUUUUGAAUUAAUUAAUAAUACAAUUUUACCUCAAGCUGUGCAGUUCUGGGAGAACGCAUUAUUCGUCAGAAAAGUGGAAAACGUAAUUCGACUAACAAGAAAAUGCAUGGAAACGCAGGUGUUUGUCAAAGACUCGUUAACACAUUGCAUAGACAGUUGCAAAGAAAAGACCCUCUGUGGAGAGAUUGAAGUUCCCGCUGAACAUCUGGAUGCGUGCAGAACGUGCAAUUCAACCGGUCAGGACUGUGGAAUUGCCAAAGGUUCAACCGCUGGAAAAGGAAUAGAGAACUUCGACUUCAUCUUUUACGUAUCUGCAAUGCAAACUGAACGCUGCAAGAAGUCACUUACGGUUGCAUACGCCGCACAUUGUCAACAGGAAGGUGCUCUGGAUAGGCCUAUUGCUGGACAUGCGAACUUGUGCCCUGAAAGCAUCAGUACAAAACCGCAAGAAAUGGAAACUCUCUUGUCAACUGUCAAGCACGAAAUUCUCCACGCCUUAGGAUUUUCUGUCAGUUUGUAUGCGUUUUAUCGUGAUAGCGAAGGAAAUCCACUUACUCCCAGGAAACCAGAUACUGGAAAACCUGUCUUGAACGAACGAUUGCAAACUUACCAAUGGAGCGAUAGAGUAAUACGGACCAUAACAAGGAAGAAUUGGUAUGUACGGGACGGCGUAAUUCCGCGAGAUAUUCAAAUGAUUGUCACUCCAACCGUUGUUGAUGAGGUGCGCAACUUUUUCAAUUGUUCGGUGUUAGAAGGGGCUGAAUUGGAAGAUCAAGGAGAGGAGGGGACUGCAUUAACACAUUGGGAAAAACGCAUUUUUGAGAAUGAAGCCAUGACAGGAACACAUACGCAAAAUCCCAUUAUAUCAAGAAUAAGUUUGGCACUCAUGGAGGAUACAGGGUGGUAUCGUGCCAAUUACGACAUGGCUGGUUCAAUGUCGUGGGGAAAAGGUUUAGGUUGUGAUUUUGUAUUAAAAAGCUGCAAAGAAUGGAUUUCAUCUAAAUCGGCAAGGGGAUUAUCUAUUCAUCCAUUUUGUAACAAGGUGAAGCGUGAUCCUCUGCAGACGGAAUGUACAGAUGACAGAACAUCAGUGGCACUUUGCAAUCUUGUACGCCACGAUCAUGUCCUUCCUCAGUUAUAUCAAAACUUUGACUACAUAAUGCACGUGGAAAGUGGCACCGAAGAGUUUUACGGGGGAUCCGUAACGCUUGCAGAUUAUUGUCCAUAUAUACAAGAGUUUACGUGGCGUUCGAAAAACGUAAUUGUCCGUGGAUCACAUUGCCAAUACUCGGAAAAUAACCCAAAGCCAGAUAAAAAUUUUGCUCUAGAAAAAUAUGGUAAAAGUUCUCGUUGCUUCGACCACACCAACCAAAUGUGGGAGGAGAGAUCCUGUAAGCAGAUGAGGCAAUGGUUGCACUGGGGAUCCGGGUGUUACGCAUAUCACUGUGAAAAUGGGCGUCUACAUAUUAUUGUAGGAAACUACACGUACACUUGCUAUCAUGCGUAUCAGGAGCUAUCAAUUCGAAUAAUAAGUGGCGGAUGGCUGCAUAAAGGAGCUAUAAUUUGUCCUCCAUGUCGAGAGAUAUGUGCAGAUGAAUUCGAAAUACGAGACGAAUUUUGUAAGAACGGCGAAGAAUCGCCACCUGCCACUUUCUAUCCGAGGGAUGAAUUGCAAUGCAGCGCAUCCCCAAUUUCUUUAAGUCUAACAUUUAUAGCGUCAGUAAUACUGUUGGCAACUGGAGUAAGUUGACCAUAAAUAAACUCAAUUUAAAUUU